UAGUACAUUUUCGUCAGCUGAUUCGCGUGCAUUCCCUCGACUCUAGUCCGCGAAACGCACGGCAUUUAAUUUUUGUUUACUUUCCUUUUCGAUUUACAAUAAAAUCUAAAACAAUGGGUGACACAGUAGUAAAUAAUAGUGAAUAUUGUGACUACAGAAGUCCCUUGGCAACUCGUUACGCCUCUAAAGAAAUGCGAUUUAACUUUAGUGAACAGAAAAAAUUUAGCACGUGGCGCCAACUCUGGAUUUAUCUCGCUCAGGCUGAAAUGCAACUCGGUCUUGACAUAAAGCAAGAACAGAUUGAUGAGAUGUUGGCGCAAACAGAAAAUAUUGAUUUCGACGCAGCAGCCAAGGAAGAAAAAGCCACGAGGCACGAUGUCAUGGCUCACGUUCACGUAUUCGGUGCACAGUGUCCGAAAGCCGCACCGAUUAUUCAUCUUGGCGCUACGAGCUGUUACGUCGGCGACAAUACCGAUCUCAUUAUUCUUCGGAACGGCUUCGACAUUCUUCUUCCCAAGUUAGCUGGAGUACUGUCGAGAUUAGCGAAAUUUGCUAAAGAAUAUCGCUCACUUCCGACCCUGGGAUUCACUCAUCUCCAACCGGCGCAAUUAACAACUGUAGGAAAACGAGCAACGCUUUGGCUUCACGAUCUUCUCAUGGAUGAACGUGCUAUUCGUCGAGCACGCGAUGAUCUCAAGUUUCGAGGGGUCAAAGGUACAACCGGCACACAAGCAUCUUUUCUUCAACUUUUUGAUGGAAAUGGAGAAAAAGUUAAGCAACUCGAUGCUCUUGUCACCAAAAUGGCUGGUUUUCAACAUUAUUAUGGUGUUACCGGACAAACUUACUCCAGAAAAGUCGACGUCGAGUGCUUAAAUGCACUAAGCUCUCUGGGUGCAACCGUUCACAAGAUGUGCAGUGACAUAAGGUUGCUAGCAAACAUGAAAGAGAUCGAGGAGCCAUUCGAGUCAACGCAAAUCGGUUCAAGUGCAAUGGCUUACAAGAGGAAUCCAAUGCGUUCGGAGCGUUGUUGCAGCAUAGCACGUCAUCUGAUGACACUUGUGAGCAAUUCUCUGCAAACAGCGGCGACCCAAUGGAUGGAGAGAACGCUCGACGAUUCGGCAAAUCGUCGUAUAACCAUUGCCGAAGCUUUCUUAUCGGCUGACGUUCUCCUUAUGACAUUGGAGAAUAUCACUGAGGGCUUGGUCGUUUACCCAAAAGUUAUUGCCAAACACGUGGCUCAAGAAUUGCCAUUCAUGUCGACCGAAAAUAUUAUCAUGGCGAUGGUUAAGGCUGGCGGAGAUCGUCAGGUUUGUCACGAGAAAAUUCGGGUUCUAUCACACGAGGCCGGUGCUCAGGUGAAACAGCAUGGCUUGGAAAACGAUUUGGUUGAGCGUGUGAAAAAAGAUCCUUAUUUCGCUCCGAUAAUCGACAAGCUUGACGAUAUUCUGGAUCCUUCGACGUUCAUCGGAAGAGCUGCCGACCAAGUGAUCGAAUUUCUCGAUUCGGAGGCUUAUCCCAUUAUCAACAAAUACUCGAACGUCCUCGACGACUCACCGGUGGUUCUCAACAUUUAAAUUCAUCGUGGAUCUAUCGAUAGAAAGUGUCCGGAAAAAUAAAAAUCAUGCCUUGAGACGUUUUUUUUUUAAUAUUUUGAUAUAUCAAGACCAUUGUGAAUAUAGAUAGUGAAAAAGUUAUAAAUUUUUCUCUCUUUUUGACUCAAAUGAAAUAUAUUAAUUUGAAUAACACGGUUA